GGGCUCGAGGCUUCGUAGCUCUCUAGCUGUCAGUCGGUAAGCAGUAGCUUCCCUACGACUUUGUCCAUGCCCAUUGUCGUGAAUGACCGUGUAUAAAACCGCGUCUCGGUUGCACGUUUCCCGAUCGUUUUCGUCAACUAAAAAGCACUCACAAUGAGCAGUUGGAAGAUCGACUCUGUCUCGCCCGCGUGAAUGGUAAACAAGUUGCGCGGGUGAUUGUGUUGUGUUCGAAGGGAGUGUCGUUAACCUCGAGCGGAGAGAGCUCGUCGAAUUAGUGGUUCCCUCGGUAGAAAUCGCGCGUAGAUACCCGACGGAGCUGUCAGUCUCGCGAAGUUCGUUGCACGUCGGUCGUUCGAUCAGAAUGUCGGCGUCGGUAGCGUUCCCGGCGUCGCGACAGUGAGAAGAACACGUACGCGACAGUGAACCGAGUGUCGUCGAGAAAACAGCUCCAGGGUGAGCCGUGUCCAACAUCGAGAGAUUUAGAGACCACCGAGGAAAAUGGCGGACCUCGAGGCGGUGCUGGCCGACGUCAGCUACUUGAUGGCUAUGGAGAAGAGCAAGAGCACACCGGCUGCUCGUGCGAGCAAAAAGAUCAUCUUGCCCGAUCCUAGUGUGAGAAGCGUAAUGCACAAAUACCUGGAAAAGAAGAGGGAAGUUAACUUCGAUAAGAUAUUCAAUCAAAUGUUUGGUUACCUCUUAUUCAAAGACUACUGCGAGAAUGUGGCGGAGGAGCCGAUUCCGCAACUUAGCUUUUACGAAGAGAUCAAGGUGUACGAGAAGCUGGAAUGCCCGGAAGAAAGGAGGAUACUUGCCAAAGAGAUCUACGAUAAUUUCAUCAUGAAGGAGCUGCUGGCACACUCCCAUGAAUACUCCGCGGAAGCGGUGUCCCACGUUCACAAAUACCUUAUGAAAAACGAGGUUCCUGUUAAUUUAUUCGAGCCGUACAUAGAAGAGAUUUUUAAUCACUUAAGGGGAGAGCCGUUCAAACAGUUUCUAGAGAGCGAGAAGUAUACUCGUUUCUGUCAGUGGAAAAAUCUAGAACUGAACAUGCAGUUAACAAUGAACGACUUCAGUGUGCAUCGAAUAAUAGGAAGAGGCGGUUUCGGGGAGGUUUACGGGUGCCGGAAGGCGGACACAGGGAAAAUGUACGCGAUGAAGUGCCUCGACAAGAAGCGAAUAAAAAUGAAGCAAGGCGAAACUUUAGCGCUCAACGAAAGGAUAAUGCUUUCGGCAGUCAGUACCGGAGUGGAUUGUCCAUUUAUAGUGUGCAUGACAUACGCCUUCCAAACGCCGGACAAGCUCUGUUUCAUCCUGGAUUUGAUGAACGGCGGCGAUCUUCAUUAUCACCUUAGCCAACAUGGGGUGUUUAACGAACGGGAGAUGAAGUUCUACGCGGCGGAAGUGAUAUUGGGAUUAGAGCACAUGCAUCGUAGGUACAUCGUUUACAGGGACUUGAAGCCGGCGAACAUUCUCUUGGACGAACACGGUCACGUCAGAAUAUCGGAUCUGGGGCUAGCUUGCGAUUUUUCCAAAAAGAAACCGCACGCCAGUGUAGGAACACACGGAUAUAUGGCGCCGGAAGUCCUCUCGAAGGGGGUAACCUACGAUUCCAGUGCCGAUUGGUUUUCGCUUGGCUGUGUGUUGCAUAAAUUGUUAAAGGGACACAGUCCAUUCAGGCAACAUAAAAUGAAAGACAAACACGAGAUAGAUCAAAUGACACUAACCAAGAACGUCGAGCUGCCGGAAACGUUCUCGCGAGAUUUGCGCUCGUUGCUGGAAGGUCUGCUACAACGAGACGUAAAUAACAGACUCGGCUGCCUUGGCGAAGGUGCGGACGAGUUAAAAGAACACGCGUUUUUCAGUGGUAUCGAUUGGCAACAAGUUUAUCUCCAGAAAUACACGCCGCCACUUAUACCACCGCGCGGCGAGGUAAACGCCGCAGACGCCUUUGAUAUCGGCUCCUUUGACGAGGAGGACACCAAGGGUAUCAAACUUACGGACGCGGAUCAAGAGCUGUACAAAAAUUUCCCUCUAACCAUCUCAGAGAGAUGGCAGGCUGAAGUAGCCGAGACUGUAUUCGAGACAAUCAAUAACGAAGCGGACAAGUUGGAAAAUAAGAAGAAAGCUAAGCAGAAGCAACGGUUCGACACGGAUGAGAAAGGAUCUGAUUGCAUUUUACAUGGUUAUAUUAAGAAAUUAGGCGGCCCUUUCGCGAGUGCGUGGCAAACACGUUAUGCAAAACUUUAUCCUAAUAGAUUAGAAUUGUACCCUGAGUCGACGACGAAGCCUGAACUGGUUUUUCUUGAUCAGGUGGAGGAAGUUAGUGCGGAUCUUCAGCACGUGAAAGGAGAACAAUGUAUCGUCGUCCGUAUGAGAGACGCAAAAAUAGUACUUACGAAUCCCGAUGAAAUCAGUUUGAAAGAAUGGGCAUUGUCACUGAGAUCCGCGCACAAAUGCUCGAUGGAGAUGCUGGGUAGCAUGGCAAAGAAAGCUGGUAAGAUUUACGGGACUGAACGAGACGCGGUGAUUCCGGCAAUGCAGCGUUCGACGAACGGCAACUAG